UUUCCGUUGCAGGGAAGUCCGUUUCCUGCGGGGACCCCAAAUACCAGUUAUUGUCCUUGCAAAGCUAAACCACGAUCGCUUCAUAAAUCAGCUUUUCAAAACCGGUUCUCCCUUCAGUGUUUUAUAUUAUGGCUUUUAAAGAGAAAACAGAAGAACCACCUUUCACAGAUAUCUUUAAUGAAGAUGAAACCGAGAGAAACUUUUUAUUGUCCAAACCUGUUUGCUUUCUUGUAUUUGGAAAACCAGGGUGUGGGAAGACAACAUUAGCCCGUAACAUAGCACAGAUUUGGAAAUGUAUUCGUGUUGAAGCUCUCUCGAUUCUGGAGGAACACAUUGCCGCGGACACUGAAACGGGAACAAUGCUGCAGUCGCUGCUGCUGAGCGGUCAGAGCAUCCCGGACGAGCUUAUCGUCAAGCUGAUCCUGGAGAAGCUCAAGUCUCCAGAAGUCUCUCACUUCGGUUAUAUCAUCACUGAAAUACCGUCACUCUCACUAGAUUCCACGAACACUUUCAAGCAAAUAGAAUUCAUUAAAAAUUUAGAAAUGCAACCCGAUAUCAUAAUCAAUAUUAAGUGUGGUGACUACGAUUUGUGCCAAAGAAUUUCUGGGCAAAGACAGCACAGUGCUACAGGCUACGUAUACUCCAGAGAGCAGUGGGACCCUGAAAUCCUUGGGAGCCGCAGGAAAAAGAAGCGGGAGCCCCCCAAAGAAGGAAAACCUGAAGAGGAAGAAGAGGAAGAAGAGCAAGAGGAGGAGGAGGCAUUUCUGGCUGAAAUGCAGGUGGUGGCCGAGGUUCUUCAACACCUCGUUCAGAGGCCUGAGGACUUUCUGGAUAACAUUGAAAACUCCAUGAAGCUCUACAAAGACACGCUUCUCCAUGCUUUAGAGGAGCUAAUGGCGGAGCACAACCCCCAGUAUCUCCUCGAGCUGGACGGGAACAAGUCACCGGAGGAGCAGUACCAGACAGUUAUAGAAAAGCUGAAGUACUUGAAUAUGAAACGAGGAGCCAUCAUAACCAAGCUUCAGAGCACAGAAGAAGAAAUGAAUGACAUAGUAGACACUGAGGAGCUGUUCCGGUCGCUCGCGUCUUACAAACUCAUUGGGCCAAGGUACAGAUGGCAUCGAAGCAAGUGGGGUCGUGCUUGCCCCGUGUCCUUAAAGGAUGGGAACGUUUAUCCCGGAACAGCAGAUUUUUCUGUGAGUUUUCUAGGUAAAAUGUACUGCCUUUCUUCCGACGAAACAUUAAGGUGGUUUUCAACGAACCCCCGUCUCUACCUCCUGCCACCCAUGCCCAUCCCACCGUGUAAGCUCUUCAUAUUCGGCCCCAGGUACGCUGGGAAGACAACGCUGUGCAACCUCCUUGCUGAGUACUUCAAAGGAAAGGUAAUUGACUAUGCCAAACUUGUUCAACCACGUUUUGAUGAAGCUCGUGAAAAACUAAUAAAAGACACCAUAACUGAUGCCACCAACACAGCUAUCAGAGUUGUGAAGGAGAGGCUUAUGGCCGAUCAGAAAGCCAGAAAGCACGAGGAGAAAACCUUGAGGGAUAGGAAACAUGACGUCUCGGAGUUUAAAAUACUUAAAAGUGCCGAGGAGUUCUCGUCUUCUGCGGUUGUUGGAGGUAAAAUGUCCAGCUUAGAAGCAGGUGCCAGUGAUCCUUCAAGAAUGGAAUUUAGCUUAAGUCGUUUGUCUUUAGUCUCCACAGAAGAGUUGAUAGAAGAGGUGACUGGAAACCACCCAGACGUGCUGCUCUUGCUAGAGGACACCCUGAAACAGGCCAAGGAAUUGAACUUCGAGCAGCCGUAUGACAAACAGGCUGAAAUUCUAGAGGAUGUCAUCAAAGAGGUGACGAAAGAUAACAAGAAUAGGUUUCCUGGAGCCCCAAAAUUUGGAGGAUGGAUCUUGGAUAACUGCCCACUUAAUCGAGAUCUGUGGCUGGCCAUCAUUGAAAAAGGAAUUGGUCCUGAUUUGGUUAUCUUUUUAUCAGAGGGAGACGGCCCUGGGAAAUGUUUAUUAAACAGAAUGUACUUAAAUAAUAAGAAGGAAAUCGACGCUAAGAUUUUAGAAAGAUUGCUACAGGAACUUAAAAUGAAAAACCUGGAAGAGGAGGAAAGACGAAAAUCCAAAGAUGAGGAACUAAGACUAGAAGAAGAACACGAAGAACGCACGAUGGGAGCCAAGGCCAAGAAAGCAAAAGAUGUUGACGACCCCGAUAAUGAAGGUGAGGAGGAGGAUGCUGAGGAUUUUGAAGGCCGUGAAGAGUCUGAGGCUUCCGAAGUGCAUGACUACACCAGAGGGUCUGAAACAUCUGAAGCAGAGAAUGAGCCUGAAGCAGGCUCUGAGGACAAUGUAGCAGACACAGGAACAGAUGCAUAUAAGGAGGGCAAGGAGGGCCUGAAACCUGAAGAAGCAGUUUUGCUGCCGGAGUUUCUGGAAGAUGGUUACCCUAAUGUGCCUGAGAUGGAUCUCCUGAGAGAGGAGCUGAAUAAUUACCUUGGCAUAUGGAAGACCCUGGAGACGCAUAUCAUUGACAGUUUCAUUCAGAUACUAACACUGGAUAUUACCAACAAAACAGCAAAGGACCUGCUUCAGAAAGUAGUUAAUACUAUGGAGAGACCUUUUCAGUAUGCAGCAACAGAAUUAAAUAUUGAAGAUUAUGAUGAAGAAGCAGAGGACUACCAGGCUGAAUUGGAAGUUGACGAGGAGCAGGAAGAGGAGGAAGAGGAAGAGGAGGAGGGUGAAGAAAAAAUCAAAGAGAAAAGGAGGCACAUGGGAGACACAAAACAUUUCUGCCCAGUGGUUCUCAAAGAAAACUUUGUUCUACAACCAGGCAAUGUAGAGGAGGCUGUUAAAUACCGAGAGAAGAUAUACUACUUUUCAUCACCUGAGGCUAAGGAAAAGUUUAUAGAGCACCCUGAGGACUACGUGGCCCAGAAUGAACCAUUAAAGGCUCCUCCGAUAAGGAUAUGUCUUAUAGGUCACCAUGGCUCUGGCAAAACUUUAUGUGGAAGAAAGCUGGCACAGAACUUCAGCAUUUUUCACAUUCAAUUCGAAGAAUUUCUUCAAGAAAAAUUAAUGCUCAAGGCCGAAAGGAAAUUUGGACCUGAAUUUGAGGACGAUUCCGAGGAGGAGCAAGCAGCAAAGCAAGAAUUUGAAGAGCUUGCAGCUCAGGCAAACAUGAAGAUUGAAGAAGAAAGCGCAAAGAGGCAGCUUCCAGAAAUACAAUUCACGGAAGAAGAAGAAGCAAUCAAGAUGAGCCUAACGGAGAAUGAGCCCCUGCCUCCAGAAGUUCUAGAGUCCAUACUGUCUGAGUGGUGGUUUAAAGAACCAAUACGCUCCACAGGCUUUAUCCUGGAUGGCUUCCCUCGGUUCCCCGAGGAGGCUCAAUUUCUAGGAGAGCACGGAUUUUUCCCAGACGCUGCCGUCGUAAUACAAGUUGAAGAUCAAGAUAUCUUUGAUCGCCUCCUUCCGGCACAAGUUCAGAAGUGGAAGUUGAAACAGCAAAGGAAAUUGGAAAGGAAAAAACUCAUCAAAGACAUGAAGACAAAAAUCAAGGACGAUAUAAUCGCUAAAAGGAGAGCUGAACUUCUCUCAGAGAGAGAGAAAAAAAAGAAAGCGGAGGGGACUAACAAAGAAGAGGAGGACUUUAGCGACGAGGAUCAUGACGAAGAGGAGGAUAUUGAAAACAUCCUUGAGGAAGAAUUUCCAAAAGACGAGGAAGAGAUGAGCGAAGAAGACGAGGAACAGGAAGGAGACGCAACUGAGCGCCUGAGAACCGAACUGGGGGAAAAGUUUGAAACAGACAACAAUAAUCUACAGCUGAUACAGGACGAAUUCGAGAAGUUUCUGGUACCAUUAAUUACGGUUAACGGAGCUAGGAAAAUUCAUAUUGUCCAAUAUAUAUUGAAUUUGAAACUGAAGCCGCUGGUGGAAAAUCGUGCCAGCAUCUUCGAAAAGUGUUACCCAGUGUCACCACACCUCGCUGAUAAAAUGCUCAACUUUACCUACAAGUACCUGAGCUCAUUUGGCUACUGGGACCCUGUAAAGCUAAGUGAAGGAGAAACAAUCAAGCCUGUGGAUAAUGCAGAUAAGCCACUCAGCCCUGUAAUCCAUCGUCAGUAUAUUUACUUUUUCUCUAGUAAAAAAACUAGAGAAAAAUUCAUGACGAACCCAAUCAAGUAUAUCCGGCAACCCAAACCCAAAUCUACCAUGCCUGUGAAGAUUAUGAUUGUGGGGCCUCCCAAGUCAGGGAAAACUACAGUGGCCAAAAAGCUUGCAAGUGAAUAUGGCUUGAAGCGCUUGUCAAUCGGAGAUGCCUUGCGUGGGCUGUUGAGCAAUCACCCAGAAACAGAGCUGUCACUUAAGAUCAACUGGCACCUUCACAAAGGCAUGAUGGUGCCAGACGAACUGGCGGUUCAAGCUUUAGAUAUUGCCCUGAUGGAUACUUCGUGCAACACUGUAGGUGUGGUCAUCGACGGCUACCCUUUAACGGCAAAGCAGAUGAACCUCUUGGAGACUCGGACCAUCAUUCCCAUGAUCAUCUUUGAGCUGGAUGUGCCGAGCAAGGAGAUUUUCAAAAGGUUGUUCUUGGAAAGGAAGAGUGAGCAAAGUUUGCCUUAUCCAGUGCACAACAGCACACAGAUCAUAGCGUUCAAGAAUUCGAAGUACCGUAAAAAUGUCGACGAGAUAAGGAAGUUUUACCAAGAGCAGCAUCAAAAUUGGCACGUGAUUGACGGGUUUCACAGUAAGUGGUGGGUGUGGAAUGAAGUCAUCAAAGACAUCCAGCAGAUGAACAGGUACAUACAGACAUACAUGGAAAGGAUAAAGGAAGGGAAAGCCGCUUGCAUUGACAAAUUAUGUAUCACGCCUGAAGAGCUGAUUUCUCGCCUGGGAGAGUUUGGACAGUUCUGCCCUGUCAGCCUAGCAGAAUCUAAUGAAUUAAUUGAUUGUUCCAUAACUAGCAGCUUGGAAUUUGCAGCAGAGUUCAGGGGACAUUAUUAUAAAAUGAGUUCCCUGGAAAAUCUGAAUAAAUUCCUGAAGACCCCGGAAGCAUACGUGCCUCCCUUGGCACCAAAUCCACUCCCAUCUCCUGACAUGAUUCCCAAAAGGCUGACCCUGUCAGAGCUGAAGAGUCGUUUUCCGAAGUGCGCUGAACUGAAGGGCUACUGCCCAGUAACUUACCAGGAUGGAAAUCAAAGAUAUGAAGCCCUCAAGCCUGGUAACAUUCAGUAUGCUGUAGAGUAUCGUGAUCGGAUAUACAUUUUUGAAAGUGAAGAAAAACUCCAGAAAUUCAUGAGGUUGCCAACACAGUACUGGGACCAGAAGCUCCCAUACAAACUGCCCCCGCUAAAGGAGACCAUCCACCUCACAAGCCUCCCUCUGCCUGGGUAUCUGGAACAGGGCACAGCCACUUCCCUGAUCAAAGCCUUGAACGCAGCAGGAAACCUGAAACCCAAGCUCCCCUUCUUGAGUGUGAGGAGGUCUGUCCUCCUCUAUAUAGCGUUUCAUCUCAAAGCAUUUAAUCCCAAAGCUUCUGAAUAUUCAAGAAAAAAAUACAAGAAGAAGAUGGAGCAGUUUGUGGAAAGAUGUGAACUCAUAACAUACCUCAGUUCCAAGAUGACCCAGAAGUACAAGGAGCCUCAGUUUAGAGCCAUUGACUUCGAUCAUAAGCUACAGAUCUUUUUGUCCCUGAGAAACACAGACCCAAUUAACGGGUAGCUUGCUUAGGUUAUGGAGACCCAAAUCCCAAAAGUCUCCAAGAGACAGAGGAAACUGAGGAAGCAGAAUUAAAAUCUUCAAUUUCUGAAAUGUGUUUCCCUCCUGCCUGACAUUGUGUAGUUACUAGACCUCAGAUGGACUGGAAGGCCUACCCAGGAAGGGUCACGUUCUGAGUGCCUAAGUAUUAACACAGUUUUCAAGUUCAUGGCUUUUUUCUGAAUUUUGAUGCUCUCACAAAAUAGGCAUUCCCUGUGAGAUAUUAAAAUGCUUACUA